CCUGUCCCGGGCCACCGCGCUGAUCCUACUGCUGGGAGCUGCUACACUGUGCACAGGUCUGAAAUGUGUGUGUCUGAUGUGCGAAACCACCAACUACACUUGCCAGACAGAAGGGGCCUGCUGGACGUCGGUGAUGCUCACCAAUGGCAAAGAGGAAGUGAUCAAGUCUUGUAUCUCUCUUCUGGAGCUGAAAGCUCAGGUCUACUGUCACAGCUCAAACAACAUUACUAGGACCGAGUGCUGCCACUCUGACUUCUGUAAUAAUGUUACACUCCGAUUACCUCCAGCAUCUCCAAGUACCUCCCACUUUGGCCAUGUGGAGCUGACAGUAAUAGUCACCAUUCCAAUCUGUGUCCUGUCAUUAGCCAUAAUCCUAACGGCCUACACCUGUCAAAGGCGGCACGGCACCUACAGAAAGACAAGGCGGCAAUGUAUUGAAGAGCCGCUCACUGACUGUAACCUGGACACUGAUGGGAAAUGCUUGAAAGAUCUCAUAUAUGAUAUGACUACAUCAGGAUCUGGGUCUGGGUUGCCUCUGCUUGUCCAGAGGACCAUUGCCAGAACCGUCAUCAUCCAAGAAUUGGUUGGCAAAGGCCGUUUUGGAGAAGUUUGGAAAGGAAAGUGGUGUGGAGAGGACGUCGCUGUAAAAAUCUUCUCCUCUCGAGAUGAGAGAUCCUGGUUUCGGGAAGCAGAAAUCUACCAGACGGUCAUGCUAAGACAUGAAAAUAUUCUUGGCUUCAUAGCUGCCGACAAUAAAGAUAAUGGCACUUGGACUCAGCUCUGGCUGAUUUCAGAAUAUCAGGAACAAGGCUCCCUGUACGAUUAUCUCAACCGGACAACAGUGACCAUUGGCGGAGUGAUGAAAUUGGCGCUAUCCAUUGUCAGUGGGCUGGCUCACCUUCACAUGGAAAUAGUUGGCACUAGAGGUAAACCAGCGAUUGCACACCGGGAUCUCAAGUCUAAAAAUAUUUUAGUGAAGAAGAAUGACACGUGCGCCAUUGCAGAUUUGGGGCUGGCAGUAAAACAUGACUCAAUAGCUAACACCAUAGACAUUCCACAAAAUCCAAGAGUUGGGACAAAAAGGUACAUGGCCCCAGAACUAUUGGAUGAUUCAAUAAAUAUGUAUCAUUUUGAGUCAUUCAAAUGUGCAGACAUCUACUCCCUGGGCCUCGUGUACUGGGAAAUCGCCCGGAGAUGCACUGUGGGCGGUGUUGUGGAUGAAUACCAGUUGCCUUACUAUGAUAUGGUGCCUUCUGAUCCAUCAUUGGACGACAUGAAAAAGGUUGUUUGUGAGCAGAAACUUCGACCCAACAUUCCAAACCAGUGGCAAAGCUUUGAGGCCCUCCGCGUGAUGGGGCGGAUAAUGCGCGAAUGUUGGUACGCCAAUGGCAAAGCUCGACUGACGGCCCUACGUAUAAAGAAGACGCUCUCUCAGCUGUGUGUGGAUGAAGACUUUAAGCUGUAAUUUGUGUGUUUAUAAGACUACAACAGUCACUAUUUAUGUGGGAUUGUUUGUAGCUGUGUUUGCUCUACCUCAAAAGUAACAAGUGCCAGACCAAAACACUAAGAACAAAACACUUCUUCGUUACUUUGGUUUGCUAAAGACUUUGCUGACUGGCCUAAUUUUUACAAGGCUUGAACUGUAUAUAUUAAA